AUGACGUACAAAAUCUCCGGGCCGGACGAAUACCUCGCCAUCACGGGCAUGGGCGUCCGCAACGUCAAAAUUACAAAGGCGGCCUGGGUGUGGCCGCUCCAGCGUUGCAUGCGUUUCAGCGUGCAGCCGCAUGACUACGCCAUGGACCUGCGCGCCAUGACCAGGGAGAAGCUCCAGUUUGCGCUGCCCGUCGUCUUUACCAUCGGCCCGGACGUGAACCAGCGCGGCGCCAACUCGAGCUACGACGACGAAGCGGCCGGCGGCGAAACGCCAGGCCGUCGCGAGGACCGGGGCGAUGCCCUGAUGAAGUACGCCAUGCUGCUGGCGCAGUCGCACAACAACAAGGAUCAGCAGGGCACCCACGUUGCCAGCAUCGUCAAGGGCAUCAUCGAGGGCGAGACGCGCGUGCUGGUGUCGAGCAUGACCAUGGAGGAGAUCUUUACCGAGCGAGAGGUUUUCAAGAAGCGCAUUUUCCGCAACAUUCAGAGCGAGCUGGAUCAGUUUGGUCUCAAGAUUUACAAUUCCAACGUCAAAGAACUCAAGGACGCCCCCGGAUCCGUCUACUUUGAAUCGCUGUCGCGCAAGGCGCACGAAGGCGCGACCAACCAGGCCCGGAUCGACGUGGCUGAGGCCCAGCUGCGCGGCAACGUGGGCGAGGCCAAGCGCAAGGGCGAGCAGGAGCGCGAGAUUGCCAAGAUCAACGCCGAGACGGCGGUGCAGAAGACGGAGCGCGACAUUGAGCGGGCGCAGGCCGAGGCGCACCUCAACACGCGGCAGGCCAUGCUGACGCGCGACGUCGACAUUGCCCGCGUGGAGGCGCAGCGCGCGCUCGAGUCUACCGACGAGGACCUCAAGCGGCAGGUCGAGAUGAAGCGCGCGGCCGCCGAGGUGGAGCGCCUGCGCGCCAGGGACGUGGCCAAGGCCACCGUUGCGCGCGAGAGCAAGCAGCAGGCCGCCGACGCGGCCGCGUACGAGGUGUCGGCCGACGCCCGCGCCCGCCGGGAAGCCAAGCAGCGGCUCGCCGACGCCGAGGCCUACAAGACGCGCGUCGAGGCCGAGGCCGCCGCCCAUGCGGUGCAGCAGGCCGCCGCGGCCCGGGCCGUUCAGCAGGCCAAGGAGGCGGAGGGCGUCGCGGCCAUGGCGGACGCGUACGCCAAGCUCGCCGGGGCGCUGGGCGGGCCCGCCGGCCUGAUCCAGUACCUGAUGAUCGAGAAGGGCACCUACGUGGAGCUGGCGAGGGCCAACGCCGACGCCAUCCGCGGGCUGCAGCCCAAGAUUAGCGUCUGGAACACGGGCGGCAGCGGCGGCAGCGCGGGCGGCGAGCCCGGCGGCGACGCGGCGACGGCCAUGCGCAACGUGUACCAGAUGCUGCCGCCGCUGAUGACGACCAUCCACGAGCAGACGGGGGUCACUCUGCCCGAGUGGCAGUUUGGCAGGAUCAAUGCCGGCGUGGAGGCCAUGCAGCGGAGCAACGCGAACGGGCAAAAGGCGGGCAAGUGA